AUGGAUAUUCAUGUUCUUCAAAGCCAGCCCGCCCAGAAGGUCGCGUUUAAAGACUCUUCCACGGUUCGUGUGGGUAAUAAACUUGUUCGCAAUAAGCCACCCACCCAGCCCUCUGCUAUGCGACCCAAGCGUAAUUCAAACGCUGUAACAAGUAAUGUACAGACUGCAAGUGAAGCGGGAGUUGUUGUUCCACCCGCCCAACCCACGAGUUGUCAUUUGGUCCGCGGCGGGUUCCAGCCGCGCCUUCCGACUUCGCUGCCGCCCCCAGGGCAGCAGCAGCAGCCGUCGCCGCUACCACGCCGACAGCCCGUCCCGUUGAUGCCUCCCGCGCAGCUUCAUCCGGGAGCGCCCCAGGUGGUUGCUCCGGCGCCUGCGGUCUCUCUUCAGUCGCCACCGCCUUCGGAGCUGAUGGACGUCGACCCCUCAGCCGGGCCGCCUUCCGAAGCGGUGGCGGUGCAGCCUGUCCUGCAGCCGCUUUCCUUGGGCACCCCCAAGGAGUCUGACACCGCAGCGCCUUGUCCGGCGCCCACUCAGCAGCCGUCGACGCAGCGUCAGGAGACGCUGCCUCUCUUCGUGGGUCCCGACGCCCCGUCGCGUCUAGUACCAGAAGCUGCGCCCGUGGUCACAGGCGUGCACCCUGACCUCGGUUUUCAGUCGGUGUUUUCCGAGGCCCCGCGCAGCCAAUGCUGGGCCAGUAAUACAACAGAGCCGGCGGCUGUCGUGGAUCCUGUUACUACCUCUGAAAAUGUUGCACUUAAUGUUAAUGACUUUCCGUCUUUAAAACCUGCAUUAACUGCUGAAAUUCCGUCCCGUGACAGCGAGAUUCUCACUAAAAAGCGUCCUCUAGAGGACACUGAAAAAAAUGUUGAUGAGGACUCUUCGUGUGAAACACCCGUUGCCAGGAGGCCGAAGCCCAGUCCUGAAGAUCUGUUGGAAGUGGAAAAAGGAGACGAAAUGCAGGUCUAUGUGGCUCCCACUCCUGCACAAGGACUUAUACCGCCACGAACAGAUAGUGACGCAGCUGGUAGUGACCUUUCACGGAAAUGUGACCCUGAGCCUGAGGUCACGACUGAAAUAACCGCAUCAAGUGCACAGCCCAUACAGUGCGAACAGUACGAGGAAGUACCAAGUAAACAACCUGCAGACUCCGAAGCGCAACGCCGCGCCGAAGGAUGA